AUGAGCACACCUACCACGUCCGGUUCGGCGUCGAGGCCGACGAGACCAUCAAGGUCGUCGAGCAUGGCAGCUAGGUCAUCUUCCAAUUCCGGUUCCCUAACUUCUUUCCAAGCGAUGGUGGAGCUGAAGCAGAAGAUCCUCACCUCCAUCUCUAAGCUCGCCGAUCGGGAUACAUACCAGAUCGCAGUUGAAGAUCUCGAGAAAACUAUCCAGUCUCUCUCUCCCGAAACCCUACCUAUGUUUCUCAAUUGCCUCUACGAUUCGUGCUCCGAUCCGAAACCCGCCGUGAAAAAGGAGUGCCUCCACCUCCUCUCGACCGUCUGUAGCCUACAUUCCGAUUCGACGGCUGCUCAUCUCACUAGAAUCAUCGCUCAGAUAGUUAAGCGGUUGAAGGAUUCCGAUUCCGGAGUCAGGGAUGCUUGUCGCGAUACGAUUGGUGCUUUAUCUGGGAUUUAUUUGAAGGGAAGAGAAGAGGGGAACAAUACCGGUGCAGCCUCGUCGGCGGUGGGUUUGUUCGUUAAGCCAUUGUUCGAGGCAAUGGGGGAGCAGAACAAAGUGGUACAAUCUGGUGCGGCAAUGUGUAUGGCUAGGAUGGUGGAAUCAGCGGCCACUCCUCCGAUUACUUCUUUUCAGAAGCUUUGCCCUAGAAUCUGCAAGCUAUUAAGCAAUUCCAGUUUUUUGGCUAAGGCUUCCCUUUUGCCUGUUGUUUCAAGUCUGUCUCAGGUGGGAGCCAUUGCGCCUCAGAGCUUGGAGUCAUUGCUAGAAAGUAUUCAUGACUGCCUUGGAAGUACUGAUUGGGUAACACGAAAGGCUGCGGCUGAGACCUUGACUGCAUUGGCAUCUCAUUCAAGCAGUUUGGUUAAGGACAGAACAGACUCCACUCUUUCCGUGCUUGAGAGCUGUCGGUUUGACAAGAUUAAACCUGUCAGGGAAAGUGUGACAGAGGCGCUGCAGUUAUGGAAAAAGAUUUCUGGGAAAUUUGUAGAUGGUGCUUCAGACGAGUCAAAGAGUUCAUCUGGUGAGCAGAUCGGAGAUAAAAGGUCUAAUCUAGCUGAUCUAAUGAAAAAGGAGGCAUCCGAUGGUUCCAUACUCUCACCAGACUCUGCUUCUAAAGGCAAAGGAGGUCUUCCUGAAAAGGCAGUGGUAAUGUUGAAGAAGAAAGCACCUGCCUUAAGUGACAAAGACUUCAAUCCUGAAUUUUUCCAGAGACUCGAAAGAAGGCAGUCAGUGGAAGUGGUAGUCCCUCGUAGAGGUAAAAAUAGCGAUGAGGAAGGAUCAGGACUCGAUGAUCACAAUGCCGUGGGAUCUUCAAAUCGCUUGAAGAACAUCCAAGCAGAUGAUCACAGAUUUCCAGAUUCCAAGAUUCACAACUUAGAUUCGGCGAGUGAAAGACAAGUAGGUGAUGAUAAGGCUGGUGUUGGAAACGGUAAGGAGAUACCCAGAAAUCACGCUGCUAUCUCCAAUACUGAUAACCAAUCUGAAGUCACAAGUAAUAGAGGAAAUUGGUCAGCCAUCCAGAGGCAGUUAUUGCAGCUAGAGAGACAACAGAGUAAUCUCAUGAACAUGCUCCAGGAGUUUAUUGGUGGCUCACAUGACAGCAUGGUGACCUUAGAGGGCAGGGUAAGGGGCUUAGAGAGGAUUGUUGAAGACAUGGCAAGAGAUCUUUCGAUAUCAUCAGGCCGUAGGGGUAAUCUCACAGCUGGAUUCGGCAAAUAUAACAGCUUUGCAAACUACUCUACUGGAAAGUAUAAUGGCCGAGCUCCAGGAGACAGAGGCUCACAACCUGAUGGAGCUAUGAGGGGCAGGAUGUGGAGUCCUGACAUGGCGGAUGAGUGGUACAUGCCUCCACAUGGUGUUUCCAGAAACGGACAAGCCGGGCCAAGAAGAUCACCUCGGGCAGAACAUCAUGAGAAUGAGCACAUGGGAAAUGGCAGGAGAGGUUGGGAUAAUAAAGCAGCUGGAAGUAUUAGAUUCGGUGAAGGUCCUUCAGCGAGAAGUGUGUGGCAAGCAUCAAAGGAUGAAGCUACACUUGAGGCUAUUAGAGUUGCUGGCGAGGAUGGUGCAGUCACUCGUCCAACCCGAGUGGCUGCUGCCCCUGAAGCUGAAGCCAUGGGAGAUGAAGAAAACGAAGGACAGGAACGUGACCCGAUAUGGACUUCAUGGAGUAAUGCAAUGCACUCGCUCCGUGUUGGUGAUAUUGAUUCUGCUUACGCAGAAGUCCUUUGCGCCGGUGACCAGCAUUUGAUCAUCAAGUUGAUGGACAGGACGGGACCUUCUAUUGACCAGAUGUCAAAUGACAUUGCAAAUGAAGCUCUGAAUUUCAUCGCUCAGUUUCUGCUGGAUCAGAAUCUCUACGAUAUCUGCUUAUCUUGGAUUCAACAGCUGCUGGAAGUGGUUUUACAAGACGGUCCAGACACGUUUGGAGUUCCAAUGGAAUUGAAGACCGAGAUCUUGUUCAACUUACAAGACGCAUGUUCGACGAUGGACCCGCCUGAAGAUUGGGAAGGUCCCGCCCCGGAACAGCUCGUGAUGCAAUUGGCUUCAGUUUGGGAAAUCGAUCUCCAACAGUUUGAUAAGUAA